AUGGCUGCAGAUAAUAACAACGAUGGGCCUCCUCCAAUCGAACCUGUACAAAAGAAGACAAUUUUAAAGAAUGAAACUCCAGCAUUUGUGUCCACGGCCGCCAGUAGUGGUAGGGAAUUUCGUUUUUUCAUGCACAAAAGGCUAUCAGCUUAUGUUGUUGAUAUACUUUGAAUCACUGCAAUAGCUUGGUGUUGCUGUCCAGUACAGUUUCAUUCAUAUAGGAAAUAUUGCUGAUUAUUAGAAAUGACGUCAUCAUAUUAAAUCGUGACUGUCAAACGUAGUUUAUAAACCAUUAUUAGGGCCUGUUCAUAUGGGCAAAAGUUAUCCCGGUUAGCGAGAAAACGUUUCGACUAGCCAAAUACUUUUGUUCUGUUCAUAUGGAGAAAUGUUAUCCCGCUUACCGGGUAAAGUUUCCGGCUGUGAUGUAACACUGAACAUCAAUUGAAUUGAAAAGUUGCUGACACGACAGAAAGUUAUCCCGCUAAGUGGGAAAGUUAUGUUCGUAUGGGAAAAGCAUUAUCCCGGUCACCGAGACCUUGACUGUCAACAAGCGAGAUCUCGGUAAACAGGAAAACUUUUUGUCUCAUAUGAACGCAGUGUAACUUUUCAUAUUAUUUUCAUAACAAGGCAAGAUCUGGCUUGUAAACUUGUUGAAAUGUUUUUCUCGCUAACCGAGAUAACUUUUGUCCAUAUGAACAGGCCCUUAGUGAAAUUCAGAUUUUACUUCUACCACCGUUUACCGCUACCAUUAAGGGUCCAUUAGCCAAUCAGAUGCAUUUAAUAUAUCCGAUUAACCAAUGAGAUGCAUUAAGUGAACUAGGCAAUUUGUUUGUUGGUUGUCAUUAAUGUAUGAGUCAAUCUGGCAUUGACCCAAGUUGAGCUCAGUAUAGGCUGGAGUUUGAUGCAGACUUAUUUCUGUCUAUAAUUUCACCCGGCUAACCGUUUGAACUUCAGUUGCACAUAAAAAUGUAGACCAGCUCAAGAACAAUAAAAUUUGGCUCUUGGAAUUUUUCUGGCUGACAAUUAACAAUGUGCAUGUUGGCUCUGUUUUUAGCCCACACUGCUUGACAUUUAAUCCAUUUCUUUUGCAUACUAAGUUGAAUGUACUGCAGGUUGAUUUAAUUUGUACAUAAUGUACAAGACAUGGGGGUGAAUAAAUGCCCAUGAUUGUUGUUUAACCCAUUGGGUCGCAGCACUCUCCCCCAGUAAAAUAAUAAAGUAUAGGGCGCAUCUGGGCCGCAUUGCCACUUAAAGGGUUAAUUAACCCAUUGAACGCCAGUGCUCUUGCCUAAUUGAUGCGUAACAUCAUAGAUGUGGCAUUAGAAAUAGUAAAAUAACAAAGUAGCUAGGGUGCAAUUGAUGCAAUUUAAUAGUAAUUUAUAUAAUACCAGUACUUAAUAUAAAUAUAAAUGGUACUAGAUUAAAGGUCCAAUGAUCUACAAUCAUGUUGCCACCAUAAUGUAUUUUGAAUUGAUGUUACAAGUGGGUGGGUUUUAUCUGGAAAUAUUAUCCCACAAGCAACAUUUAAUGUCACCGGUGGGUACAUGUGAUAAUGUCGAUUCGAUAUUAUGUGUGGCAAAUUGAUUAUGGACAUGGCCCCUUACACACCCAUUGCAUGAUGGUGGCAUUAAUUACAAUAUGGUAUACUCAUAUUAAAGUCAGUAUUUCAGCCAUACAAUAUAUGCUUGUUCGAGAGACAGAUUAGGAAGCUUCCUUAUAAAAUCUGAAUGCAGAAAUAGUAAAUACUAUCCUGUGCACGUGAAUGUGAAAAUGGGGUAGGGAUAGAGGAAUAAGAUUGAAUUAAUUUAAUAUUAGACAAUGCUAAAUGGCCAAAUAUUGAAAUGUAACGUGGAUUAACUUUGCAGUUCUGCUGUUCUUGGAGAAAUAUGGUUGGUUUGUGCUAUUUGGCAUUAUUGCUGCUAUUUUUAUUUGGAGUAAAUUGGAACCUUACUGGAGGAAGUGGAAAGAAAAACGAGAUAAGAGAAUUGAAGAAGAAAACAUAGGUAAAACGUAAAAGUGAUGAACAGCGCAGUUGUAACACUCAAUAAUGAAAGCAUUUUAGGCUUCGAUCAGGAAUAAUAUCCAUGCAUGAAUGUAUAAAUGUAUAAAAUAAAGUCUCUUACUUGAAAUAGUAUAUGAAUAGAAAAGUAUACAAAGUGUUGUUCAAAAAACCAUAAUUUCAACUAAUUUACUAGAAAAAAUUGUCGCGGGCUAAUUUUAUCACCAAAACCGUCGAGCUGGAAAAAUUAAUUGGUGCCUCCCUCAAUAUCCUUUUCUGAAAGAAUAUUUCUAAGACUUUUUUACAAUGCCAAUUUUUGGCGAUUCUUGCGAAGAUUUCAAUUUGGCGACCAGACUACUGUAGCUUCCAGCCUUCCACUCAAAUCGCGUCCUAUGAACAUAGCUCAGAAGUCAGGUGAAUUUUCAGCAAAAGUAAAUUGUCUGAAUCCAGUAAUUCCAGGCCCCUGAUUGAAGUUCUUCAUGCGUCGAUUUGUGUUCAAUUACCCGACCACUCAGUCCGUCCCUGCUUGGAGCAUGAAAAAUAAGGAAGGAAGUGCCGAAGCACGCAAAUUAAUAAAUUUAUCAAUUGUAAUCUGUAACAUAUGCAGCAAUCCUGUCUGAAAUUCCUAAACCUUUUACGCCUCACAAUGCGGCCGUUUAUGACAGGAUUGAAAGUCGAAAGACAUGUAAUAAAAAGCUGACCAAACGAAUAAUACUAAAAUUAUACUGUCUCGUAAGUAGCUCGAUACGAAGCACAAAAACCCCAUUAUCCCCUCUUUGGCCUCUGAUAUCUGCCUUGGAGUAAACAGUUCUUUUGGUACACCAAAAAAUAGAGAUUCUUUUUCAAAAGCGAUUUAAUUAAUUUUUGGGGUUGACACGUCGAAAUCCAUUCCAGUCUGAUCCAAUCCAAUCCAGUUUGAAAUCCAAUAAUGUCUUUUAAAUAUUAUUAUGUCUAUUGCCAUCUCUUAUAGAUUUUCCCCAAGUUUAAUAUAUGUUUUAGUAAUUGUAAUGUGUAUUUGUUGGUUUCAUUAGAUCCUGCACGUCUGGCUCGAUCUCAAGAGAAUAUGGAACUAUCAAGAAGACGGAUGCAAGAGACAGUGAAUGCAAGAGCAGCAGAACAUACUGAGAAAAUGAAUGAAGUAAGUGUAAAGCCCAUUUUUCCACCAGGCGAAUUUGUUCGCGCGAACAGUAAAAAAGUAGGAACUGAUCCAACUUUUUUGUUGAAUUUUUUCGCUGACCAAUCGAUUACAUUGGCAAGAUUUGUUUCUCGUUUCGCGCGAAUAAAUUCGCCUAGUGGAAAAUGGCGCGCAUCAAUAUGUGCUGUCAUUAUUACUGCAGACUAAAGGUAUGUUUACACGCCAGCCUCGUACCCAGGCGCUUUUGACGCGCGCGCGCGGGUGGAAAGGGAAAAUUCGUAGGGAAGCUACGUGCAAUUAUUCGCCAUUAAAAUAUUGAUAUUAAUUAAUUAAUUGCAAUUGAAAAUAUUCGCCAUUAAUUGCAAUUGAAAAUAUUCGCCAUUAAAACAUUCAGCAAAACCUAAAAUCGGCCUGCGAAUCGCAGCCUGUAAAAAUACGUAAAAUUGUUUAACAACGGACGUAAAUUACGUGCUGUACUUAAUUUAUUACAUUUAUUGUGUUAUUUAGGUUAAAUAAUUAUGUAUAUAUUAAAACCCGUUACCCGCAGUCUUUUGUAUGUGAUUCAGUGAACUAUAAUAAAAACUGGAACGAUAACUCGGGCUGUGUUUUUGAAGCCAAAGAUGGCGGAAGAUGAAGCACGUCUUCUAUAGGUAUAAUGCCUAUGCAAUUUCCCUACGCGGAAAUUCACUGAAUUCAGUACGAAAAAUCGGCAUCAGUUUUAAAAGUACGGUAUUUGUCAGUAAAAAUGAGCAUUUAUGUGCAAAAAUGAAACAUCGAUCGGAAAACCUUAGUCGCUGUAGGCUGCCAUCUUGGUUUCACCCAAUCAUAGGGCCGUUCACCUGGAGUUAUCGUUCCAGUAUUUAUACAGUUCACUGAUAUGAUCCGACGCGACCAUAAAUUCAAGGAUAAAAGCAUCUGACAUUGUAUAAUUAUGACUUUUCUGUUCUAAAAUAUCUGGCGAAAAGCUUGUGCCUCUCCGUCCUGCUAGUAAAUUAUUAUACGUACACGAAGUAGGACAUGAACGUUGAAACCGCAAUUAAAUAUCGUUGAAUUUUACUUUGCUUGCAUAUAGAAACCUAGCAACCUGCAGUACAUGCAUGUUUCCUUUUAUUCCAUAACUGGAAAGUCAAAUGUGAUGGUUUGUCAAAUUAAAUUUGUUUUAGAUGGAUGCCCAAAAACGAAAGGAGAAAAUUGACGAUUGGGAGAAUGUUCAAAAAGGUCGAGGUCGAUCGCGACAUUUAGUUAAACCAGACUAUAAUCCACUCAGUGGCACUAGUUCUGGCUCGUCGUACAGACCAUCUAGCCGAGGGAAUACAGGUAUGGAACUAUAAGUCCUUCUCAGAUCUCAAUUUUGAGCUACUGUAGUUUCGGCUUUCGGAUAUGCUAUCCCUUUCAAGAGAACAAUGAUCAAGCGCAGAACUUGUUGCAUUAAAAGUGAAAGCAGUUGACUAGAUCACUUGAGAAAGCAUUACAACAAUACAUUAAUUUCAUGGAAUUCUAACUCUUCCGGAAGGCAUCUGACUACCCUGCUUCCAACAGUUUGACUCAGUGGUUUGACUCGUAUUUUUUGUGCCAGCUCUUGUUUGUUGUACCGUGUUCACCAAGGCGUAAAAAAAAUACCCGUGGUUCCGGUUCCCGACCGACCCUAUUUUUUUUGCCGACCCUAUUAUUUUUUCAACGCGAUUGAUCGUGCGACCCUAUUUUCUCCAGGUGGUUGCGGGCUGCUCAUACAGCGUACCAAAAUGGCGUCUGUUGUCACACUAAUUAUUGACCCAAAUUGCUUAAAUUCGUCCAUAGGAAAUACGCAUCUCUAGUUAAUAUUGAUGUCGGGACUCUACUGCAAAUCGCCCAGCAAAAAAACCGCCAAAACCGUGAAAAAAAUAUUUAAAAAAAAAAUUAUUUCCGGCCUACCGACCCUAAUUUUUUCACGAUAUGAAACCGGAACCACAGGUAUUUUUUUUACGCCCAAGCUUGCCUUUCAAGCUGGGAGACCCAGGUUCAAUCCUUGGUCGGAUCUCUACCACCAAGGUUUUAAAAUAAUUGAGAAGAAACUGCUACCUUUACAUUGACAUCAGUAAAUGGAUAGACUUUCGCAUCUUCUCGGAUAAGGACCGUUAACUCGUUUAGGUACCUAGGUAACUAUUUAAGCUGUAGUGCAACUUAUUUUUCAGUUUCUUGUUUUUAUGGUUUGUUCCCGAGAUAUUUUAAUUUGUUUGAUAUGUAAAUGUGUGUGAAUAUGUCCGCUACUUUAUGACGUCAUGUUGGUUGCAAGCUCUUUAAAAUGGUUGAAUAUCACUGCUAUCAUCCAAGAUGAUAAUUUCAAACUUCGCUCACUGGUAAAUGUGAUGAAACCCUGGAGAAAAACGUGAACUGAUAUCAACAGUUUUUAGAGUAGUCAAUACAUUUAUAACCAGUGUAAGUCGAGCUUGCAACCAACAUGACGUCAUAAAUUAGCGGACAUAUUCACAUUCAUUUACAUAUCAAACAAAUUGAAAUAUCUCUACAACUUAAAGAGUUCUGUAAUGAAUUGUUAAUAAUUGACAUUUAUGAUAGACGGGUGUAAAGUGGGUGGAGUUUCUAUGUAACAAAAUGUAUUCAUAUAUUUUUCAAGUAAACAAGUUGUGUCCUUCAAACCAGCGCGUAUUUGUGAUUUAAGAGAGAGAUAGAUUAGAGACAUUACAAUACAUUUGGUCCUUCGAACCCGAAGCAAAUUACAGUCGGCCGACAUGGAUGUCGGAAAAUAAAAAAAAAUUCGAGAAGGACACAGACAAGCAACGAGAAAACUAAUUCAUACAGCAAACGAAGCUAUCAACGCGGUGUCUGAGGCGGAAACGCUCAGUCGCGAGGACAAAGUGAAACUACGAUUAAACAAGAAUCUUUUGACGGAACAAGAUAAAAAUUUGGAAGAGUUUAAUUCUAAAAUAUUAGCUGGGAUAAAGAAAGUCGAAGAUAUCGAAGAAGAAGCGCUCGAGGCCCUCGAAUUUAAGCAGGAAAUACAGCGUGUUUUAGUACAAAUCGAAUUGUUGUUAGAAGGCGACGAAAUAGCUAGACAGUCUAGACAAGAAUCGCAAAAUGUAGCAUCGCCAUCGCUCAGUGAAAUUAGUACCAGUAUGAAAAAGAUGAACUGCAAGCUGCCAAAAUUAUCUUUACAAACAUUCGACGGCGAUCCAGCGAAUUGGAGUUCGUUUUGGGAUACGUUUGAAUCGGCGGUUGCCAAGAAUUCACAGCUCUCAGAAAUCGACAAAUUUAACUAUCUCAAAGGACAACUUAGCGGAAAAGCGGCAACAACAGUAGCAGGUUUUUCAAUGACGGCGGAGAACUACGGGGAAGCGAUUAAACUGUUGAAAGAGCGAUACGAGAAUCCUCAACAUAUCAUUUCGAGUCAUAUGGAGAAACUUCUGAAGCUAAAUACAGUACACGAUGCGAACGAUGUAUUGAAAUUACGGGCGUUAUACGAUCAGAUUGAAACAAACAUUCGCAGUUUAAAUGUGCUAGGCAUAAAACCAGAGCAAUUUGGAUCACUUUUAGUUCCAGUAAUCUUAGCAAAAAUACCCAGCGAGCUACAAAUCAUAAUAAGUCGAAAAUUUGACAAAAAUACUUGGGAUUUUAAUCUGCUUUUAGAAACAUUUAAAGAAGAGUUACAAGCAAGAGAACGAUGCACGGCAGUUUCACUUAAUGCAAGUAGCAGUUUAGCGAAUAAAGGUCAUAAUCGAAGUAACUUUGGCUAUAUGAAACCAAAGGGUGCAUUUUCAGCGUCUAGUCUAAUGACCGUGCAUAAACAAUCAAUUCCGUGCGCGUAUUGUAGACAGAGCCACGCCCAUGCAAAUUGUCAAGUUGUCACAGACAUUAACGCGCGAAAACAAAUUCUACAAAAUAUAGUGGCCUAUGCUUUAAUUGUUUGCGAAAAAACCACAUUGUAA